GCCCAUGAUGCACUGCAGUGGUGAGACUGAACACCGGCACAUUUUGAGAAAUUGAGGAUCACAGUGCAGUGAGAACCGUUGAUCUCCCAGACGGAAAAUGCCGUCAGGACGACAAAGGACUUCAGCGAAUGCUCUUGACACAUCUGCUGUGACGUUGAACGAAAAAAUCCUGAAAGAAUGCCAUGAUUUGUACACGGAGAAGGAGAGGGGUCUUAUCACUAUUGCGAGUGGCUUGGGAUUAAAUUUACUGGCUCCAAGAAAGAAGAUUACAAUCUUGCUACUUGGAAACCAUUCUGCAGGGAAAAGUUCUUUUAUCAAUUGGUACGUAGAAGAGCAUGUGCAGAAGACUGGUGUUGCGAUAGAGACCCAAGGAUUUACUUUUGUUACAAGUGGAAAGAAACGAGAAUCACUUACAGGAAAUGCCACAUUGCAUCUGUAUCCUCACUUCAAGUCAUUACAGGAUCUUGAAGGUGUUGUAGAUUACUUGACAACUGAAAUUUCUACGUCAAAGCAGAAGAAAUUUAGCCUCGUGACUUUUGUUGAUACUCCUGGCCUUGUUGAUGGGGACAUGAAGUAUGCAUUUGAUGUGGAUGAGUCUAUCCUUUGGUUGGGUGAUCUGGCUGAUCUGAUUUUUGUGUUCUUUGAUCCAAUUGGGCAAGCUCUUUGCAAGAGAACUUUAAAUUUAGUUGAAAAAAUGAAUGAGAAGCAAGGAGAUCGAAUCAGAUUUUUCUUGAGCAAAGCAGACACUGCAGGACAUGAAAGUGACAGGCAGAAAGUGUUAAUGCAGAUAACACAGGAGCUUUGUAAAAGGCCAGGACUUAACAAAGCAGGAUUUGAGAUGCCGACUAUUUACAUUCCCUCGCUACUGGACAAGCCAGCUAAAUGUGCCAAUCAAAUAGAAGAAGUCUGUAAAGAAAUUGAAAAGACAAUUAACCAAACAAUACAAAACACCCUUAACACACUGGAAAAAGACUGUGAGAAAAUUGCGGACUUGGUGGAUGAAAAACUUAGUCUUGAUACGGAGGCUUGUUCGCAUAAUAUCUGGGCAAGAUUGAAAGGUAUAUUUUUUGGUUUGUUGGGUGUUCUUCUCCCUUUUGUUUUAUUGGUUAACUUCCUAGCAAGUAGCAAUGCAAGAGAAACUCUGUAUGGACUGGUUGCAAAAGAAAGGGCAGAAAAACUCUUUAUUUACACUGCACCUGUUGAAAAAAUGUGGCAGUCAAUCCCAGCUCAGCAUCAUAACCACACCCUCAUAGGAAUGCUUUUGUUCUCAGUUUUGCUGCUGAUUGUUGCAAAGCUUUUAUCCAGACUCAAACCAACACUUUCACGGAAACAGAAGAAGACGUUAUUGGAGCAAAGGUCAUACGUCCAAGGUUAUGUCAAAGGUCACAAGGAUCGGCUCUAUGGGGAAUACCUGCAGCAAAGUGUUGGUUCUCAUGAUUUUGAUUCUGUCAAGUUCUGAUCAGCCUCUUACUAAUCAUCAGAUGUGGAGACCUAACUAAUUUAAAUAUUAUAGCGAUCGUAAAAUACUCGUAAAUAAACUUUUACACGAAAAAAAAGACAGAAAUAUAAUGUUGACUCAGUGAUUCCAGAUUGGAACAAGGUAGUUUGGUAUUAUCGACUGGGUUGAUACAUGUAACUUAAAUUGGCCACCGUCUAGAGUUAAGACUACAAAACAGCUAUUACAAACGGUAUUCUUAAUUCCGCCCCUACCCGCCUCCUGUAGUGAACAUUAAGGAACAGGCUUUCUCAGUGACACACCUUCGUUAGAUAAUGAGCAAAUUUCCCUGGCACCCGAGCAACUCUUAUGGGGAUGUUUACCCAUUACUAUAUUAAAGUAGAAUUAGAGCAAAUUCUGUAAUUGUGGAAUUAUUUUCCACAGCAUCCCUUUGGUUGAGUUUAACGCUACAUGUGGAUAUGGCCGUUAUUCCUCUUUUCUUUCUUGUCUCUUUUUACGUUCUUUCUCAGUUAGAAUGCAUUCUUACCUAGUUAGAGUGCGUUCUCUCUUUAGAAUGCAUUCUUUUGUUGUUAGAGUGUGUUCUCUUCGGUAAGAGUGCGUCUUUUAUAAAGACAUACAAGACCCUGCCCCACAAAAAUAUAGACAAAAUAUGGUCGAGGACUGGAUCAUGGUGACAUGCUUAUUAUAUGUUUUUUCGUGUAUUUUGUGUGUGUGUGUGUGUGUGUGUUAUGGGGGAUUGUAUCUCUCUUGUGAGUAUUUAGUGUGUUCUAUUCGGGCCACUUUCCUUUCCUUUCCCUUCCCCACCCUCUUCCCCCCUCAAAAAAAGAAAACAAUGCAUUAAUGUUCAGUCUUCUUAUCAAGGAUACCUGGAUCCCACUUGAAUGGUGGAAACAUGAGCCGCAAUUUCCUUCGCAUAUCUCCUUGUGAUUUAGAAGUCGUAACUUGCUUGAAAUCAGAACUCUUUUUUGAAGUGAACUUCAUGUAGAAACAGUACUAGGUAUCACUUGUAUACAAUAUUGCCCCUUGCGCUUCUUACUCUUAUUCUUGUCAUGACACUGUUCCCACGAGAAUCUUACGAGAAUCAAACAGGUGGAGUCAGCUGUCCACGGUGGCACUUUGACUUUCAUUUUGGACUCUACCGUCUCGAUGUUUUGACGAAGAACUGUUGGAAGUAUGCCGGCAUAGAUUACUGGGCUGUAUAGAAGUAGCGAACAUAGACACGUGCAACCGAACCUAUCAAAAUGAGCGCGCCACUAAUGAUUAAAUAAAAAACGAUAUGCGCAUUCGGUGUAUAGUCAAUUAUUUUGCGGU